UGCAGUCCCAGGGGAGGGAGUCAGAGCUAGAACACCAAUUACAAACCACAGGCUUCCUCCUCUAGGGAGGUGAUCCAGAACUGUCUCUCUGGAAGGGAAGCACUGGAAUCCUUUCGAGCUUUCCAAGUCCAUCCAUGAUUCAGAGAUAUUGCCUUCUUCUGGGGGAUUUUCUGUGUUCCUGGUAGUGAAUUGUUGCUGAUGUAUUUGCUACUUUGCUUCUUUUUCAAGAUUUGAUCAUUUUAUAUGCUGUUCGGGGAGAAAAAGAACUUUUGUUAGAAAGGCGUUUUCAGAAAUGAUGUUGGACCCUUUAUAAAUGUUUUAGAGUCCUUGGGACAUUAGCUCUGACCCUGGAAUAAGUUUCUGCCUUUGACCUGCAUGGAUUAUUUUUUCAGGCCACGGAAUUUCUCGGCAUCUACCUGCAGUGUGGGGCACUUGGUUUGGUUGCAGAGUAAGAAGGUGGAAGAAUGAGCUGUACUUGGUUAAGCAGUUGAAACCUUUUUUUGAUCAGGAUCUAUAAAAGCGUAAUUGAAUUUGUUUCAUCCCUGUGGAUUCCAGUGGGGCCGACAGCGCAACAGGUUUGCAGAUUUCUUUUGAAAUUCUUUUUUUUUUCUCCCUCUGCCUCAGCAAAAGAAAAGAAUUUAUAUAACAGGUUCAUAGGUUCAGUUGCUUGACUUUUCAGCACUUACUCUGAAGAUUUAUAAGAUUUUUUUUUUUAACUUGACCUCUGAACACAGCAGGGCAAGAGGAUGUUUUACCCCAAAGCUUUAAAUUAAGAUUUUGUAUGUACAAAGAAUCAGAAUUCUCAAGUGUGCCUAGAAAUAGCACAAAUCUACUCAGGCUUAUUUUUACUUUUCCAGGAGCCUAGAGACUACUCACCACCCCACUCCCCCUAUCUUUUAUUCUCCACCCCCUCAAGGAAUUUGAAAACGUGUUAGGAAUAGUCCUUUGUUUUACUUACGAACCUAGAAAAUUACAGAUUAUAAAACUUGGAUAAUAGUUUUCAAAAACAUCUCAUGGGAAAUCAGAGUCCUUGUUAUUAUCAGUGGGAGAAUAAAACCUGGAAUCCUUAAGAGAAAAGGGAAAAUAGAGAUAGCAAUUUGAGUUUUAACUAGGAGGUAAACCUUUUCAAAUAUUCUUCUUACUCUGAAAGUUGGAAAAGGUGAUGCUCAGGAUUAUCCUGUAAUAUGUGAAGACAUAAAUUAGUACCUGAAUUAUAGGCAAAUUUAAGUAAAACAUAUUUUAGGUUUAUGGAAAUUAUUAUAAAGUCACUUAUUAUAAAUUAUAAAUGGCCUAGAAAUUUGGCUACACUGAAAUAGUUUAAUGUGGAGACUUUUAUGAAUACUAUAUAGCAUCUUUGGAUACCUCUCAAAGAGUGGUUCAAAAUAUUGUUCCCUUUCCUCCCCUGUUAAAAGUUUUCUAUGAUCUUUAGUUUUUACCACUGACAGAUUUGGGGGGCUUAAAAAUAAGAUCAUCUCUCCAUUUUCAAGUUGGAGUUUUUUCACUCUCUCUUUUGAUGCAUGGCCUUAGUCUCUUACUUUGCCUUGUUUUGUUCAUUAACAUUGGGUUUAGUGGCUCAGCAACUUGAUGCAUAUGGAAGACCAGUACCAAAUGAUCUGACAUAAUAAACAUUCAGGAUGUGACAUUCAACCUCAAACAAAGUUGGAAAUUCCAAAGAGAAGUGGUGCUAUCUUUACUAAUCAUAGUGAAGAUGGGAGAAAAUGACAUACCUGCAGCAGAAGUGGGCUGAAAAUACCCUCUUUGCUGCCAGAUCAGGAAUGCCACCUGUUCUUGGGAAUAUACUUUAGAAAAAGGAAGGGCCAAAGCUACAACUUGGUUUUCUGAAACUAAAGCACAACAUUUCCUCUGGAUCUGAAAACCUGCAGCUGGUACUAGCUAGUGGAAGCAGUAUGUAUGGCCAAAGUGCAUUGCUGCAGCUGGUAGCAUGAGUGGUGGCCACCAGCUGCAGCUGGCUGCCCUCUGGCCCUGGCUGCUGAUGGCUACCCUGCAGGCAGGCUUUGGACACACUGGACUGGUACUGGCUACAACCGUGGAGUCUGAAAGAUCUGCAGAACAGAAAGCUAUUAUCAGAGUGAUCCCCUUGAAAAUGGAUCCUACAGGAAAACUGAACCUCACUUUGGAAGGUGUGUUUGCUGGUGUUGCUGAAGUAACUCCAGCAGAAGGAAAGUUAAUGCAGUCCCACCCUCUGUACCUGUGCAAUGCCAGUGAUGAUGACAAUCUGGAGCCUGGAUUCAUCAGUAUUGUGAAGUUGGAGAGUCCCCAACGGGCCCCUCGCCCCUGCCUAUCACUGGCCAGCAAGGCCAGGAUGGCAGGGGAACGAGGAGCCAGUGCGGUCCUCUUUGACAUCACUGAGGAUCGAGCUGCUGCUGAGCAGCUGCAGCAGCCCCUGGGGCUGACGUGGCCGGUGGUGCUGAUCUGGGGUCAUGAUGCUGAGAAACUGAUGGAGUUUGUAUACAAGAACCGCAAGGCCCAUGUGAGGAUUGAGCUGAAGGAGCCCCCGACCUGGCCAGAUUAUGAUGUGUGGAUCCUCCUGACAGUGGUGGGCACCAUCUUUGUCAUCCUCUUGGCUUUUGCUCUGCGCUUCGGGUGCCGACCAUGCCACAACAGAUCGGAUCCUCUGCAGCAACAAACGGCCUGGGCCAUCAGCCAACUGGCCACGAGGAGGUACAGGGCUGGUUGCAGGAGGGCUCGGGCUGAGUGGCCGGAUUCAGAUAGCAGCUGUAGUUCUGCGCCUAUGUGUGCCAUCUGCUUGGAGGAGUUCUCUGAGGGCCAGGAGCUACGGGUCAUCUCCUGCCUCCAUGAGUUCCAUCGUGCCUGUGUGGACCCCUGGCUCUAUCAGCAUCGGACUUGCCCCCUCUGUAUGUUCAACAUCAUAGAGGGAGAUUCAUUUACCCAAUCCCUGAGACCCUCUCGAUCUUACCAGGAGCCAGGCCAGAGACUCCACCUCAUUCGCCAGCAUCCUGGCCACGCCCACUAUCAUCUCCCUGCUGCCUAUCUGCUGGGCCCUUCCGGGAGUGCUGUGACUCGGCCCCCACGACCUGGCCCCUUCCUGCCAUCUCAGGAGCCAGGCGUGGGCCCUCGACACCACCGCUUCCCCAGAGCUGCACAUCCUCGGGCUGCAGGCAAGCAGCAGCGCCUGACAGUGACCCAGCACCCCUACGCACAGGACUGGGGACUCAAUCGCCUCCGCUGUAUCUCACAGCACCCUGCCACUUGCCCAGUGCCCCCACACCGAGCCAAGCCUCAUGAGAGCAGUGGGUCUGGAGAAAGCUACUGCACAGAACACAGUGGCUACCUGGCAGAUGGACCGGCCAGUGACUCCAGCUCAGGGCCCUGUCAUGGCUCUUCGAGUGACUCAGUGGUCAAUUGUACCGACAUCAGCCUGCAAGGCAUUCAUGGUAGCAGUUCUACCUUCCGCAGCUCUCUAAGCAGUGAUUUUGACCCCUUGGUGUAUUGCAGCCCAGAAGGGGAGCCUCAGGGGGAAGAGACUCAGCCUAGUAUAACCUCUCGACCCCGUUCUUUGGACUCAGUGGUACCCACAGGGGAAACUCAAAUUUCCAGCCAGGUCCAUUACCACCGACAUCGGCACCACCACUACAAAAAACGAUUCCAGUGGCAUGGCAGGAAACCUGUUCUGGAGCCUGGGCCCUCCCAGUCCAGGCUUGCUAUUCCCCGGACACAGCCCCAGGCAGAGCCACCUUCUCCUCCUGCUCAGCAAGCUGUAAGAUCCAACCCAGCAACCACUUCAGGAAGGUUCCCCAACCCACAGCAGCCCAGGGCCCUCACCGAGCCAGCCCCUGGUCCAGCUGAUGCCUCCAGCCUGAGUCCCAGCAGUCUCUUUCACUUGCAGAAAUCCAGCCUCCCUAUUCGACACCCACAGAAGAAACGGCGAGGGGGGUCUUCACCCUCAGAGCCCACCCUAACCUCUCAGCCCCAAGACUUGACUGCACACUCAGCUUACCAGGCUUUCUCCCAUUAUGGCCCUAGCCUACCAUACCCUUGGACUCCAGAAGCCCACCCAUUAAUCUCUGGACAUCCAGGUCUGGACAGGAGGCUACUACCAGAACCUCCAGGCCCUUGUUACUCCACUUCACAUCCUGUGUGGUUGUGUCUGACUCCACGUAGACCCCCGGGAUCACACCCUUCUGGGGAGGGACCUUCUGGAUGGAGUUCUGCCACUCCAGAGGGCAGGUCAUGCCCUUAUCCACACUGCCAGGUGCUGCCAGCCCAGCCUGGCUCAGAGGAAGAGUUUGAGGAACUGUGUGAACAGACUGUGUGAAAUGGUCAGGAGUAUCUCCAACCGACAGUAUGUUCUGGAUGCUUUGGGGCCCUGCCUGGAACAGAGUCCUGCUCCUGAGAGAAGAAGAGGCCUCAGAGAACACCUCUUAUUGCUGUACUUCCUGGAACCACUAGAAGAAGAGUGGUGAUGGUGGAUGGCAGGAGAUGUUUCCUGCUCCUAACUCCAGACCUUGUCUGCAAAAGACAUCUGCACUGUAGCAAGUCUACAUCCAGACAGGCAACCAUUUACUAUUGGUGUGCGAUGGCUUCUUUGAAGGUUGUUCUUAGGUAGCAGGAGAUCUAGGUAUGAGUGGAUAGGUGUUAUAAAGGUGCUGUUUCUUCCCCUACUUCUAGGAGGUCUCCUUUAUCCUGAUCUCAGGUUCACAGCGGCUAGUGGGGCCAGCUGAAUGCAUUCAUUACUCUUCACCUCCUUCCUUGGGAGACUCCUGCUCUUUACAACUCUCCCAUAAGGCUCCUGAAUCAGCAGCAAUUCUCGUUCUUGUCAUUUUCAGGAGUACAGGUGAACUGCGAGCCCUAAAAGAGCCGCUCUGCAGCUUUUUCGAGCAGUGCCUACCCUGGUGCAGAAAGCAGGGAUGCUUUUCCCUUCUUGACCUUAAUUCUCAGAUGAAGUCAUAGGGAGGCUCUGGGAAUCCAGGGUGUGGAAUAUUUCUGAGGUGGCACAGUGCCUUGAAAAACCUGCAACGAAGCCUCUGAUCUUCAAACUCCGUUACUCCAGGAGUUCAAUUUCUCAGGGGAUUUCGGAUGGGGUUAGUGGGAAGGAGAUAACUCUUCCCUGGAGAUCUCCUUUAUUAAUCUCUCAGGAGAGAAGGAGAGGACUUCUGCUAUAAACAUUUCAUCUAGGAAGAGAGAGGAUGGGAUGAAGGUAGAAAAGCGUAAUUGCAACUGAACAAGGAAUUUUUCUGCAAGAGGUUUUUUAUUUUUUUUUUGGUUUUGUUUUUUUAUUUUCUUUCUUUCUUUCUUUUUUUUUCCUCAGCAGGGAUGGGGAAUAAAGAGCAAAAGAAUAGUAGAGUGGGACCCUUGGAUUUAGAUGGUCCAAAGGGCCACCUUCUCAGUAUAAGCCAUACAGAUGAGGGACACAUGAGAAGGUUUGCAUGUGAGAGUGGAGUUGAAGCAGGAAGUCUGGCCUGAUGGGUUGUUACCAAGUGGGCAAGGGAUGAGGGGCCUCCUUAGGGUGACACUAACCCCAGGGCAGCUUGACCAUUGCUGGCUCCUCAGGCAUUAUCCCAUUUGGAAUGUGAAUGUGGGAGCAAAGUGGGUGCAAGACCCCACUGGGGAAUCUUCUCCCCUCAAAGUCAGUGGGGAACGAGCACCUAGGCACUCACAUGGAUAUUUAUAUCUGAACCAGACAGAAAGACGCUUGAAUCAGGCACUAUGUUAAGAAAUGUAUUUAUUUGCUAAUAUAUUUAUCCAUAAAAUUGA